CUCUCAGUAACAGAAAGUGGCCGCCUCUCUGCUGCUGCUGCCGACUCAAAGCUCACAGACUCGCUCGGUGCCCCAAACCGCCAUUUUGGAGUGAGAGAACCGAGAGUCGGCAGCAGCGACGAGAGGGACCAGAGGGGGGACACGGGGCUGAGGUGAGAGAGUCGGCGGUGGUUGUUAUGGCGAAGGAGCAAUGGGGAAGAUGGCCAGCAGGGAGAAAGAAUUAAAGAGAUGGGGACCGUGCAUUCACCAGGCAGCCGAGCCUCUGCUGUUACCCACUGCGAGGGUACGAGAGGCGUUGGCGUAGGGCCUCGGUGCCGUAGCAGCAAGCAAACCAACAAAUAAUAAUUAAAGUGUUAUAUCUUUAUAGAUCGUUUACGCUGGGAGGUGGUGGCCUUAAAGAGACAGAGUCAGUUUGAAUACCACAUAUUUAUGGCGUGAGACGAUGUCUGCUAGGGCGCCUUAGUUUCUGAUGAGCUAACAAGCUAGCAUUACAGGCUCUUUCACCUUUGUGAGGUCAUUUGUCUUGAAGUUAGGAGGAAUGCCAUUCCUCACCCUUACGUAACAGGUUGUGCCCUGUUGGGCGUAGGAGUCAGUGCCAAAUGGCGUCAGGGCAAGACGGCCACCAGGAGGGUGGGACGCCAGGGGUCUCUGGUCUGGCCAAACCUCUCUAUCUGCAGCGGCUGGAAAGAUCCCUUAAGCUGGACAGCUUUCUCAGACAAACGGCUGCUAUCUUUAACAGAGAUAUAAGUGAUGAUAGCGAUGACAGUGAUGCUGAAUUGGAGACAGGGCUUUCCCUGGAUGCAUCCAGCCAACAUAUAGGAUUGUCGGUGAAGAGUGAGCCAUGUGAGCAAGAAGAAGGUUUAUCAGAUAGCAAACCCCUUAAUGGAGUAUUGCAAGCUAAAGCAGACCAAAAGGCAGAUAAAGCAAACCUCUACAAUUUUUCAAAGCUGAAAAAGAACAGGAAAUGGCUCAAGAACAUCCUUCUAAGUGACGACACCACCGACUCUGACACGGAGUCAGAUGACGCUAACUUCAGUUUGUCACCGGAGGAGCUGCAUGACAUGCUUAGAUUACAUCGUUACAACAGGCAGCAUCAGAGCAAGUUCUACUCCGACCGAGAGCUCUAUCAGUAUCAGUACUACAGCACUGGACUUCUAUCAAGCCAUGAUCCUUUCUAUGAACAACAGCGCCACCUGCUGGGCCCUAAGAAAAAGAAAAUUAAAGAUGAGAAGAAGUUUAAAGCAAAAUUAAAGAAAGUCAAGAAGAAAAAGAAAAGAGGAGAAGGAGAAUAUCCUGAUGAGGAGCGUCCUUAUAUCACCAAGGUGUUUGCUAAGUUUUCCCAUGAUGCUCCGAUGCCCAUGGUGAAGAAAAAGCAUCUGACGGUGGAGCAGCUAAAUGCACGGCGGCGUAAAGUGUGGCUCACCAUUGCUAAAAAGGAGAUCCCCAAGACUUUCAAGCAGAAGACUUCUGCUAAAAACGUCCUACUCACCAAUGCAAAAAAACUGGCCCACCAGUGCAUGCGAGAAGUAAGACGUGCAGCCAUUCAGGCUCAGAAAAACUGCAAAGAGACGCUGCCUCGCGCUCGCCGCCUCACCAAGGAGAUGAUGCUGUACUGGAAGAAAUAUGACAAAGUGGAAAAAGAGCACAGGAAGAGAGCUGAGAAGGAAGCUCUGGAGCAGCGGAAACUGGAUGAAGAGAUGAGAGAGGCUAAACGUCAGCAGCGUAAACUGAACUUUCUCAUCACUCAGACGGAGCUUUAUGCUCAUUUUAUGAGUGGGAAAGCCAGCGUUGGGGCGCCUGGAGGGGACGCAACACAGGAAGACAUUUUGCGAAAGCUUGACGACAAUGCAACCCAGAGACAAAUAGAUGUCGGCGGAGGAGUGAUGGUCAAUGUUGGACAAGAGGAUUAUGACAGUGAAUACUACAAAUCCCAAGCCUUGAGGAAUGCUAGAGAAGCUUAUCAAAUUCAUCAAGAGAGAACGAGGAUGUUUGAUGAAGAGGCUAAAGACAGCCGCAGUGCCUCUCUCCAUGUCGCCUCUGGGUUUGGAGAAAGCUACAGUCUCUCAAACCCCUCGAUCCAAGCAGGAGAAGACAUUCCUCAGCCCACCAUUUUCAAUGGAAAACUCAAGGGUUACCAACUCAAAGGCAUGAACUGGCUGGCUAACCUUUACGAACAGGGAAUAAAUGGAAUCUUGGCAGAUGAAAUGGGACUUGGGAAGACGGUUCAGAGUAUCGCCCUGCUAGCCCACCUAGCGGAGAGAGACAACAUCUGGGGUCCCUUCCUUAUCAUCUCUCCGGCGUCUACCCUCAACAACUGGCACCAGGAGUUCAGCCGCUUUGUGCCAAAAUUCAAGGUUUUGCCGUACUGGGGGAAUCCGCAUGAUCGCAAAGUAAUUCGGAAAUUCUGGAGUCAGAAAACGCUUUAUACCCAAAACGCACCUUUCCAUGUGGUGAUCACAAGCUACCAGCUGGUGGUCCAGGAUGUCAAGUACUUCCAGAGGGUCAAGUGGCAGUACAUGGUUCUGGAUGAGGCGCAGGCUUUGAAAAGCAGCUCCAGCGUUCGAUGGAAAAUCCUCCUGCAGUUCCAGUGUCGAAACAGACUCCUGCUGACAGGGACACCCAUCCAGAACACCAUGGCUGAGCUCUGGGCCCUGCUGCACUUCAUCAUGCCCACACUGUUCGAUUCCCACGAAGAGUUUAAUGAGUGGUUCUCCAAGGACAUAGAGAGCCACGCUGAGAACAAGUCUGCCAUCGAUGAGAAUCAGCUUUCCAGACUGCACAUGAUCCUCAAGCCGUUCAUGCUGCGCAGGAUCAAGAAGGAUGUGGAAAAUGAGCUCUCAGAUAAGAUUGAAAUCCUAAAAUACUGCCAGCUGACGUCCCGUCAGAGGUUGCUCUACCAGGCUCUGAGGAACAAGAUCUCCAUCGAAGAUCUUCUUCAGUCCUCCAUGGGCACGGCCCAGCAGGCCAGCAGCACCACCUCCUCGCUCAUGAACCUGGUCAUGCAGUUCAGGAAGGUUUGCAACCACCCUGACCUGUUUGAGCGUCAGGAGACCCGCUCCCCUUUCCACAUGUCUAUCAAGCCAUACGUCAUUUCCAAGUUUCUCUACCGUCAUGGUCUGAUCCACAUGUGCAACCAGUCCAAGAACAAAUUGCUACAAGUGCUGUUAUCUCCUUUCUCGCCGAAUCACAUCCAGCAGUCCCUUUUUCAUAGAAGAGAUGAUGAAAAGGGAAGCUGCUUCUCCUUUUUGCGCUUUAUUGAUGUGUCACCAGCAGAGAUGUCCAAUAUGAUGCUUCAAGGCACCUUAGUGAGAUGGUUAGGUCUUUUCCUGUCCCUGAAAGCUGCUUACCGGCUCUACUAUCAACGACUGUUCAACCACGAAGAGGAGCCCCAAGCGGAGGCUGGUGAUGUGGAGGCCGCUGGAGAGAGGAUGCAUCACGGCAACAAGUGUCUUACUCGCAAGGAUCUGAUCCUGUGGCUCAACAGACCCACCGCCUUCCCAAACACACAAAGCAGUCUCAUCCUCCAGGAUCUGGUUUUUACAGCGUCCAGGCCAGGACUGCUGGGGCACACAGAUGUGAAGAUCCACAGCAGAAACUGUGCCACCUCCACCCUCCGACCCUGUGAACCCACGCUGCCCCCUAAAUUCCUGCUGGCUGCCACCCCUAAGGUGACUGCAGUUCCCAUGGAGCGGUAUUGUGUUGACCGGAGUGCCGAGUACGAGUGGCGGGUGAUGCGCAGCGGAGGGGGAACGGUCUACAGGCAGUGUUUUCUGUAUGGCUCCCCUGAACUGGCCUCAGAUUGGCGCGGUAGGGCCAACACCAUCCACCCACACACCCCGGGGGGCGUGAUGGCCCUCCAGCCUCGCCAUGGAUGGUCCUUCAUACGGAUACCCGAUAAAGAAAGCCUGAUCACAGAGAGUGGCAAACUCCACACUUUGGAUAACCUGUUGAACCGACUAAAGGUCCAGGGGCACAGGGUCCUCAUCUACUCCCAAAUGACCCGCAUGAUAGACCUGCUUGAGGAGUAUAUGGUUUAUCGAAAACACACCUACAUCCGACUUGAUGGAUCUUCCAAGAUUUCUGAACGCAGAGAUAUGGUGGCUGACUUCCAGAGCCGUACGGAUAUCUUCGUAUUCCUGCUCAGCACAAGAGCCGGAGGACUGGGCAUCAACCUGACUGCUGCAGACACUGUCAUCUUCUAUGACAGCGACUGGAACCCCACAGUGGACCAGCAGGCCAUGGACCGGGCUCACCGGCUGGGUCAAACCAAGCAGGUCACCGUUUACCGCCUUAUCUGCCAGGGAACCAUUGAAGAGAGGAUCCUGCAGCGCGCCAAGGAGAAGAGCGAGAUCCAAAGGGUGGUGAUCUCUGGAGGGAACUUCAAACCGGAUACACUCAAGCCUAAAGAGGUGGUCAGUCUACUUUUAGAUGACGAUGAGCUGGAGAAGAAAUUGCGCCAAAGACAGGAGGAAAAGAGGCAGCAGGAGGAGAGCAGCAAGGUGAAGGAACGGAAGAGGAAGAGGGAAAAGUAUGCUGAGAAGCAGAAGAAGAUCGAAGAGUCGGAGAACAAGAAGAAGAAGGAGGUGAACUUGGUCAUCGCCCACGCGCCGUCGGCCGAUAACUCCAACCUGUCGGCAGACGGGGACGACUCGUUCAUCAGCGUUGAGAUGGACUCGGCCAUGCCCAGUCCUUUCAGCGAGCCUGUCUGUGUUUCUGUGUGUGCUUCUGUGCGCGGCCAGAUCUCCCUGAGCAGCGAACUGCAGCCCGGCUCACUGCCACCGGACGCCGACCCUGACGAAAGCAGCAGCGACAUGCUGGUCAUCGUGGAUGAUCCGGGUUCUUCGGCGCCGCAGUCUCGUGCCACCAACUCCCCCGCCUCUGUGACGGGAUCGGUUUCUGACAACAUGAACGGUGUUACAGCCUCUGAGUCCAUCAGUCCCGGUAGAGGCCGUUCCGGUCGGAGUCGUGGACGGCCCAAAGGAUCCGGAAGCGGCGGCAAGUCUGGAGGGAAAGGGCGUAGCCGGAAGUCAGCGGCUGGGAGUGCAGCAGCCAUGGCAGGAGCGAUGGCUGGAGCGGCGGCAGCCUCAGCAGCGGCUUAUGCCGCUUACGGAUACAGUGUUUCUAAAGCCGGCCUCUCUGCCUCCAGCCCCCUGCAGCCCUCCCUGGGGCGGCCUGCUACCAGCCCAGCCUUCAACCCUAGCAGAAGCUCCUCCCCCCUCACCAAAGGAGCCCCCUCUACCCACGGCUCCCACUCGCAGUUGGCCCACAGCCACCACCACAGCAGCCAUAGUGCAGUCAGGAAAGGCAAGGGCCCCGGUGGUCCCGGGGCUCGAUGAUGCACGCACAGACUGAUUCCUAAACCUGCUGCUCACUGUGAAUCCCACCAAUGCUUAAUGGCUAAGCUAACAAAGAGAGUGCAGUAUUUGUACCCAUUUCCUGGAAGACAACACUCAGAAACUUAAUGCGCACACAUCAAUCUGGUGGUCUGGCUCUGGCAGCCCACUCCUCUUAUGUUCCAGUUUAUUUUCAAUGUAUAUGAGUUGGCUGACAAUGUUGGCCUCAAGUGUUUUUGUCAGGGUUGCAGGAGCAUUUCAAACUGCUUUAACGAGAGGAUCAGUGUCGUCGCAUUGACUGAUCUGAAGCCGCAAAUGGCUUCUUCCAUUGGAUCUCUUUGACAAGAUGGGGAUGUUGAACGUCUGUCACUGAGCCGCGUCUUCCAUUUUUUGGUGUUAACUAGUCUCAUAGAUAAAUGUGCACUAGGUUAUUUAAUUGUUUUGUAGAUGUGUAAGCUCAGUUUAAAGCUGUGCAGGAAUCAGAAUUUCCCAGAGCCUAAUGUUAACCCCCCCUCCCCAGUCUGUUAGCUAACAGUAGAGCUAAAGCUUUUCUACAAAAGCCCUUAUUUUUCUAACAGAUUUAAAUCGAGGAACUAACACGGUGACGGACAUUUUUCCAGUAUUGCAAUUCACUUGAAAAUAUUUUUGCCCAAGCAAAAAAAAAAAAAAAAAGAGUUAUAAAAAAAAUAAUAAAAUCUAUAUUCCAAUUUGAAAUGUGCUGGUUGACUCAGCUCUGCUGCUAACAAUUAAAUUACUGAUUCAGAUUAUUUGGUAAUUUGCUUAUAUAAGUUAUUUUAUUUUUCGCAUUAAAAAAUGGGGAGUUUAUAUUGAUUGUGAUAGAGGUCACAUGUGCAACUAUAAAAUGUGAAAUGAGUCACUGUUUUUACUUUUUGUGAGUUAUGCGUGAUGAGAGGUUCGUGGAUUUCUGUAUGUUUUCGAAUAAAAACAAACAAGGUUGGCAUCAGUGUCCCUACUUGAGCACUACAUCCGUUCUAGGUUUGUAUUCCUGUUUAUAUUGCGAUGAGAACUGAAAGCUCUAUAUUUGAUGUAAAUAAAGAGGAGAGCGACGUUGUGGCUCUUCUCUCUCAUUCGCCUGUUUUAUUUUUAUAGAUUGGGUACAUGUGAAGAAAUGGGUCGGCUGUUUUAACUCAGUGGAGGUUUAAGGUGAAAAAAUAAAGGUGCUUGAUUUCAAUCUUUUUGUUGUAUG